UUCCAUUCAGGGGAACAGAAAUUACUUCAACCUUUAGUGUGGUGGACGAGAACACUUGAUGAUUGCCUUGGGCCCCUUGAUAUGCUUGGUGAGCUCCGGACAAAAAAAGAGAAGAUUUUGGACCUGUGCCCUCAUCCAUGACGCUACAGCUUCAGUAACAUGUGAAUUCUGAAACUGAGUGCUAUCCCCUUUUAAAUCUCUGAAGGUGUUGAAUCCAGGUGGGGUGGUAACCAUGGAGAGGCUGUUGCUGUGUGUGAUGCUGGCAGUUGCCAUGGCAGUGCGGGCACAGAUCUGCCCUAAGCGCUGUGUAUGCCAGAUCCUGUCACCUAACCUGGCAACCCUCUGUGCCAAGAAGGGUCUACUGUUUGUACCGCCAAACAUUGACAGACAUACAGUGGAGUUACGACUAGCUGACAACUUUGUCACAAGUGUGAAGAGGAAAGAUUUUGCAAACAUGACACGACUGGUGGACCUAACGUUAUCCAGAAAUACCAUCUCCUACAUCACACCUCAUGCCUUUGCCGAUCUGGAGAACCUCAGAGCCCUACACCUCAACAGUAACCGGUUGACGAGAAUAGCGAAUGAUACAUUCAGUGGGAUGUCAAAGCUUCACCACCUCAUCCUGAACAACAACCAGCUGGUUCUGAUUCACCAAGGUGCAUUCAAUGACCUGCUGGCACUGGAAGAACUGGACCUCAGUUAUAAUAACCUGGACUCCAUUCCAUGGGAGGCCAUCCAGAAAAUGACUAGCCUCCAUACCCUGAGUUUGGACCAUAACAUGUUGGACUUUAUCCCAGAGGGAACCUUCUCUUUGCUCCAGAAACUUAACCGGUUGGAUGUCACCUCCAACAAACUCCAGAAACUACCACCAGACCCACUUUUCCAACGUGCACAGGUCCUGGCUACAUCUGGGGUCAUGACCUCCUCUUCUUUUGCGCUGUCAUUUGGUGGGAACCCUCUCCACUGCAACUGUGAGUUACUCUGGCUGCGAAGGUUGAGCAGAGAGGAUGACCUGGAGACGUGCGCUUCGCCUCAGCAUCUCUCUGGAAGAUACUUUUGGUCCAUUCCUGAGGAGGAGUUCCUCUGCGAACCACCACUCAUUACCAGAUACUCUCAUGAGAUGAGGGUCCUGGAAGGGCAGAGAGUUGCACUCAGGUGUAAAGCGAGGGGCGACCCAGAGCCAGCCAUCCACUGGAUCUCUCCUGAGGGCAAACUAGUGUCCAAUUCCUCCAGAACUUUGGUCUACACAAACGGGACACUGGAUAUCCUUAUCAGUACCGUCAAAGACACCGGCUCCUUCACCUGCAUUUCCUCAAACCCCGCUGGUGAAGCCCACCAAACUGUGGACCUGGUGAUCAUAAAACUUCCCCACAUCUCCAACAACACCAACAACAUCCAGGAGCCCGACCCAGGAUCAUCAGACAUUUCUACAUCAACCCGCGGCGGAGCCAAUGGCAACAAUGUGACGGGCGAUGUGAAAAGCGGGGUAGAUAAGAGAGUGGUGAUUGCCGAGGCCACAUCGUCAACAGCGCUGAUCAAGUUCAACUUCCAGAGGAAUAUUCCAGGCAUUAGGAUGUUCCAGAUUCAGUACAAUGGGAGCCAGGAUGAUUCGUUGGUUUAUAGAAUGAUUCCCCCGACAAGCAAGAACUUCCUGGUCAACAACCUGGCGGCAGGGACUCAGUACGAUCUGUGCGUGCUGGCGAUUUAUGAUGAUGUCAUCACCUCGCUGACGGCGACCCGCGUGGUGGGCUGUGUGCAGUUCACCACAGAAUCGGAGUACAUGAGGUGUCAUUUCAUGCAGUCGCAGUUCCUCGGCGGGACAAUGAUCAUCAUCAUCGGCGGGAUAAUAGUGGCCUCGGUGCUCGUUUUCAUCAUCAUACUGAUGAUUCGAUACAAGGUGUGUAACCCUGGUGAGGGUGGCAAAGGCGUUUCAUUGACGAUGACCAACGUCCACUCGCAGACCAACGGGCAGCAGUCGCAAGGAUGCACGGUGACUCCCAGCGCCUCCAAACACGGCUCAAUUGGAUUAGAUGAUCUCUCAGGAGGUGCGAAGAAAAGAAGCGGGGCAGGAGGGAAGCAGGACACGAUGACUCACUCGUCCGAUACGUCACUGCCUGAUUGCUCCACAGCUACGUCGGUGCUCAGCCAGCCCUGGGCGGCCAGCAGUCCGACAGCGGCUGGGGAUCGUGAAAAAGCCGGUGGAGAGAAAGCCGGGGAGAAAAGCUCUGUCAUCGGGGAGAGAGGAUCCAUGAGUGGUGAUCGUCCAGCAAGUGUAACAUCGUCCACAGCCACUGGCUCGCUAAACAAGCCUAAGCGGAAGCCUGCUCCCGCUAAGCCUGGCACCGCCUCCUCCGCUGCUGCCGAAAAUCUCCCCUCCCCCUCCCCUCGCCCGCCCUCCUCUUCCUCGGCUACCUCCUCUGCCCUUCUGUCCGCCACCCCGCUGGAGAACCUCAACACCAAUCGCAACAACUCCACCUCUCUCAACCAAACCCCGCCUCCCUUCGCCCCUUCCCCUUUCUCCAGCCCGCUUUCCUCUCCCAGUCCGCUCCGCUUCAGAGAAACCCCAAUCUUGCGCCGCACUUCCCGCCCCUCCUCCUCCACCAGGUACCAGACUCUCCCUGCUGAGGAGGGAGGGAGGAGCAGGGCGAGGAGGAGGUACUCACUCACAGAGGGAGGUUCAAAGACUCACUCCUCCCAUCAAGGAGGAGGAGCACCCAAGUUAGGGCGCAUGAUGCGGAACAAAAGGAGCCAGUCGAUGGGUGGGAUGCUGCUCCCUAAAGAUGGGGACAGAGACUCGGAAAAAGGGCAGUGUGGCUCUGACUGGAUCUUAGAGAGCACCGUUUGAAAGAGUGAGACGGUGACCAUGUUCAACUUUGGUUUAUUUGUUAUUGUUUAUUCUUUAUAGGUGUGUGAGUGUAUGUCUGGGGUGAGUGUUAUUUUGAACAUUUGUUUAUAAGUGUGUGCGAAGAUGAUGCGUGAGUUGCAGGUGUGCAUUUGUGACUGAAUGAUUGUCUGAGAAUGUAUUCACGUGUGCUGUGUUUACUCCUGUAUGCCUAUGUAUACGUAUGCGACUGAAUGAGUAUUAUGGAACAGAGUGCGUGUUUGUUGUUGCGGUGUAGGAUGUGCGUCAGUGUGUGUGGCUGUGGUUAAUAUGAACAUUUGUUUAUAGAUGUGUGAGGGUGAUCGAGGGUGAUAUGUGAGACAUUAUCAGCGUGUGUUUGCGAAUGAGAGCACAAGAAUAUGUUACAGAAGAGGAGGCCAACAUAAAAAUAAAAAAAAAAAAAAAUGAGUUCUGAGAUUAAACACAGAAAUCUGAGAAAAAGCUGUCAGAAUUCAGAGAAAUAAGUCAAAUACUUUAUUGUUAGAAGUCUGAAAUAAAUCUCAGAAUACAUUUUUUUGAGUAGCCCUAAUCCUCCUCUGUAACAUGUGGACAUGUCUUUCUCAAAUUGUUUUUUUUAACCAUCACUUUUCUCCAUGAUUGAUUUUUUUCAGUUUACUAUUUUGUUGUUUUUUCACUUAAACAUUUUUUUUCCAGUCAGUCAUUCAGCAGGUGGAUAACCUGCCUUGUAUGUCUUGUUGCGUCCACUUUAUAGCACAAAAAACGAGAGAGAGGCCGUCCACGGGAUUGCGCAGGGGCCACGUCCUUACCCAAUUCACACACCCCCUCUCUGAAAACACCACAAAAAAGGGAAUUAUUACAGGAAAAAAGGAAUAACAAACUAUAAAAAAAAAACUGAAAAGCACACCAUUGUACGUACACACCUACCAAAGUGUGUGUUCAUGUGGCAAGAGAAUAGCGGUCGGUGCCUUCUUUUGCACUAACGUUCUUGCAGUCCUCCUUUCUGACAGAUGGGAUUCUAGGACUCCACGCUCAACGAACAAGGCAUUAGGAUGGAGGAGAGAAAUAAAGAAAGAUAUUUCACACAUAGCCUUUCUUACCUAUUGAGGAAAAGCAGACACGUCUUGACAUAUAGACAGACUCAAACUGAGACAAAAAUAAGAGACAAAAGCUACAACAAACGUAUACAGACUCUCUUGGACCUCUUAUGAAAUUGAUAUUUUUUAAAGGAAGAAAAAAAAAGAAACUUGCGAGCUUUUCACUGGCAUUGGUAUACAGCAACGUAUGUUGGUCACAAGCUCCUGGGAAGCUUCUGUACAGAAAAAGACAACAUGUACUGUGUUGUUAUGUUGUGUAAAAUAAAAAAAUGGAUAAAACGAAAGAUGGAAA